AUGGCCGACAUCCUGGAAACUGACCCGGACUCGACAAUGCAGUCCUCGGAGGAGGAGGAAGCAGAAGUGCUGCCAGAGUCUCUGGUAUUAGGACGCGCAAAGCGAAGCACUGCUGGUCGGCACAUGUCUGCCCUCAUCGAUGCCGCCGCCGCCGAAGACGAUGACCUGACAUUACUCUUUGAGGAGGUGGAAGAUGAUAAUGAAUUUGCCAUGGAGGAUGGGGCUGAAGAAGAUGAAAUGGGGCUGGACUCCUCAUCAGACGACGAGGAUGACCAGGGCCCCAAUGCGAACAACGACUACGAAGGCGAGAAGGAACUACAAAAGACAGAACGCAAGAAGCGCCGCACACAAAACGACCUCCGCUUCCAAACCCUACGAAAGCGCGUCAAGAUCGAUCCCACCGCUACAACUACAAUCCCAGCACCUCCCCGCCCCAAGAAGAAGUCUGAGCGGAUCUCGUGGCUCCCGACCGUGGAAGAUGGUCCGACACGAUCGUCGUCGCGACGACAGACAAUGGUCAAUAAGGAAAUGACGCAUGCUCGUCUCAAAGACAGCCAGGAGAAGAGAGUCCGUAUAAUUGCGACCAUGAAGGAGGCAGAGAAACGCAAGGCCCACCUUAAGCCAAAACAGAUGACACAAGAGGAUCAUUUGGCGGUAGCUGAACGGAUUGAGCGAACCAACAGCAAGAGUUUGAACCGAUGGGAACAAGCAGAAAAAAGAAAGGCAGACGAACGACGGGCGAAGAUCGAGGCCCUUCAGAACCGCCGCCUGGAUGGACCGGUCAUGUCUUACUGGAGUGGAUUGGCUACGUGGGUAAAUGGAAAUCUCACACGAGUGGGCCAAGCGGAUAUCAAGAUCAAGGACAAAGAGGUGCCCAAGAAGAAAAAGACGGAAAAGGAGGAGAAGGCAGAGAAGGCAGAGAAGGCAGAGAAGGCAGAGAAACCUGCGGAAACCCAGGGCAUUAGCAUCGCUCCAGGGACUGUGCCUCCUAUCGAUGCCUCAUCUGCUCCUAUAGCUCCUACUCUUGCGCCUGCUGAAACUACCAACACACCAUCUCAGCCUGACGGGACGUUAGCUCCAACAGCCCCCGAAGCCACCACAGCCUCCGAAUCUGUCAACCAGCCCGACAAACCAGACGACAAAGCCCCGGAGCAAAUCUCUCCCAAACAGUCAACAGUUUCAAUAGCAGCCCCCGCCGUCGAUCAAGAAAAGGAAGAGAAAGGUGUCGAUAAAGAACCAGAACCGGAGCAGAAACUGGGGGAUGCCAACACACCAUCAGAACCUCCGCGGAAAUCCUCCCAAGGAUACCCCUUGCCUGUCGUGGAGAUCGUGACUCGACGUGACCCUGGUACCACUUCCCAGAUCUCAUCAUCUGAUGAGCCGGCAAAGUUGCCGUCUACGAAUGAUGCGGAUGCCAUGGAUAUAGAUAAGCCAGAGCCCAAGGCGGGCGAGCCAACCAACACCCAUGCCAACCCUCCCUCUAUAAGCACAGACACACCAACGGCUUCAGAAGUAGCCCAGACCAAAACUUCCAGUGUAUCAGGACCCUUGGCGGGGCAGGAUACCCAAGCGGCCACGUCUGUGACCACACCAUUGGCCCCUCAGACGCAGACCCCUCAAGCCCCUCAAGCCCCGGCUAAUGCAGCAGCCCUGCCCGCGCCACCCGAGAUUAAUGCACUCGAAGGCCCUGGUGUCCCUGCUUUAGAAGGUGUCCAACCGCCUGCAAUUAAUGAAACACCAGCCCAACCUGAGGCCCCGUUGCCGCCACCAAUCAUCGAGUACACGGGGCGCAACUUGACGAUCCUCGAGAAUUUUGAUGACAAGACCGCGCACAGCAAGAAAUACAGCAUUUAUUUCAAUGCCAGGCGGCCUGCGCGAUUAGCCAAAAUCUCAUCCUCUUUGUGUGUCAUCACGUCAUUACCAUCUCGCUAUCGGGAUCCCGAAACCUCUCUCCCUUAUGCCAAUUCUUUCGCAUAUGGGCAAAUCCGAAAUCUUAUAUCCAAAGGGUACAUCUGGAGUGCCAUGCUAGGUUGUUUCGUAGGACCAGCAGAAACCGCUGCCCGCGGUGUGCCAGCCCGAUUCUUAGGGAAGGAGAAGGGCGCGGACGACCAUGACAAGGAGCAAACACCGGCCGAGUCCGUGGACAAGGCGGAACCAGCAAAGACCACUACUACUUCCGCCGAGCCGAUGGAUAUAGAUCGGUGA